CACUCCAACAUCGCUCGGAUCGCCUUGAUGAGACAAGUAGGGAGAGAAGAGGCUGGGGGCCAUGCUAGCCCGAAGCUUCCCAUCCAUCUCAAACAGAGCGCUGUAUCAGAACUGCGGAAGCUCCUUAGUGGCGCGCGAGAUGAGAAACAGGUUAAGUUAAAAAGCUUUCUACCCCAUUUUUUCUUUUUUUCCUUGUUAAUUGUGAAGCUGGGUUCCUGCAGAUGCCUGAUCAGGGCAGGCAAUGAAUCGAGUGCAUAAACUUUUCAAUAAUUCCAAUGCAGACAGCAAGCAGCAAGAUUAUAGGAUUUCAGAGCUAGUAACUAGUUAACUACUAUAGAAAUAAGCAUUUGCCUUGGAUAUUUAUAACAGGUCUUGAGUUUGACCAGCAAACGGACACAGUAAGUAACUAACUAGGUAUUUUGACUUUUGGGUCCUGCCACGCCAUCUGUUUCUGUUGUCUCGUAUGUGUCAGAUCUAUCUACGUUAAACUACCCAACUACAACAACAACAACACUCUCCCACCUGCUCCGUUUUGCUUUUUUCUCUACUCUCUUUUGUGACUUAAGACAGCCCGUCCCCGGCCUCAUCUUUUCGUCUACACUUGUCCUCCUCAGGUGGUGUUGUCUUUGGCCUUGCUGCUGUCAGUUGUCGUGCUUCGUGGCUAUCAGCACUCCCAUUCAUUUAUCAUUUAUGUGCCUUCAAUCAUUCAUACUGAUUUUUGACUUCUAUCACACCAGACAGAGCAAGAUGUUCCGCUAGGUGGCUCAAGUAUCUCUAAGUAUCUCUUGCCGCUCUUUUCUGGGCCAGUCAAUUGUUUCUCUGGCCUGUUCGUUCGCUUCUGCUCCCAAUUCAGUUGUAUUUAUACUCAGUUCUAUUUCUGUCCUGCCAUUCUAUCCGGUCGACCUGAUAGAUUCCGCUCGAGGGUCAAGGAAAAAAAAAGGGGACCCCCGCUACUCUCCGGCCCGCCACAGACUUGCAGCCAUUUCAUUCUCAAAUAACAUCUUGGAGGCUACGCUCUAUUUAUUGGUUUACGCCGUCCUACAGCGGUCGAAAAUCCUCUUCGACAACCUGUAUAAAGGCUGUGACCAUUUUGCAGCAGUCCCGAGCUACAAUAUUAGCAACAGCAUAUAGAGAGCUACGACACUCGAUAUCCGGCACAAAGCAGAUUUCAUCCGCCUUAUAUUUCGAAAAUGGAUGGCAUCACCGAGACUAGUGAACUGCUCCCUUCGCCAUGGACGAAUUAUACACAACCACCACCAAUACCGCUGCGAAACCCGUUCCACUAUGCAAGGAGCAGAUCGACUACGAGCAGCCCUCUCUCCUCUUCUCCAGACUCUAGUCCCACAAGCAGAAGCCGGCGGCACCAUUUCUCAACAUCCAUGAGCCGUAUGUGCAGCCGCAGCCGUAGUGGCAGCCCGCUCACAAUGCGCUCUGCAACCUCAUCGCUGCGCCUGUCAUCUCUACUUCUGCGUCGUCGUUUGUCUGCUGUGGAUCUGGCGCUGAGUGAGGAACGUUACCGGUGUUGUGAGGACUCUGUUGAGAAGAUUGGGUUGGGGCUUAUGGAGCCGCGGCCAGUGGAUCCUAUCCCGGUGCCAUUGGCCGUUGGGGAUGUGGAUGCCACCAUUAAUAUGAAUAUGAAUAUGAAUAGUAGCAGUAUGGGGCUGCUGUUUGAGUUCGAGCAGGUCGGUGAUAUACAUCAUCUCGAUUCGUUGCGGAUAGGGAGUAAGCCGCGGUUUGUUAUGGGUGGGAUUUUCGAGGUCAUGGAGGGAUCAGCUUAGAGAAAGAGAGGGUCGCAGCGGAGCUCCCAGUACGCUCAAUCAAUCGACCUCGAACCAUGAGACAAGACGGCACAUGAGUUCUGAAAUUUGAGUCCACCAUGGGUUUCCCAGAGUACGGACUAUUCGUGCGCGAUGCCUCCUCUCCCCUCCUCUCCAGAGUCUAACCUCCAUCCAGGCUUAUAUCCAAAGAAGCAGACAAACGACUCCUUUUUCCAUCUCCACUGUCAUGGCGCCUGCACCUGCCACAAAAUUCCAGAAAGAGCCACGUUAUGAGCGAACUCACUAGGAAGCGUAUUCGUUAUUGCUUAUAUUUUCCAUCUUAUUGGCCCAAUAUUCAUACCGAUUCCCAUCAUUCUCCCCUGCGUCUGACACAGCCUCUUCCCAACCAAGACGAGACCCCUGUGCAAGAGGUAGCAAGUAAGUUAUAUGAGAAGCCAGGGAACGAGAUUGAUGACGCCACGCCGUAUACGUAUAUAACACCAACGGCCUUUUGUUUUCAUGUUUUGUCUCUCCGAUAUAGUUGUUUCUUUUUUUUUUCCCUUUCUAUGUUAACAAUGUAUGAGGUUAACAGGUAUGUGUUAUCGCAGCUUCUGAUUUUACCGUUUAUUUAUUUAUUUAUUUUUUGUGUUUCUUUUCUCCCACACUCUAUAUCCGAUAACCUUGUUUUUCUUCGCCUAUCUUAUGCGAAUUAUUGAGGUGUGCGUUUUUUUGAUUAUUGAUGGGAUGUUUGUGUGGAUGGCUGGAAAGUUAUUUCAUUUCCAAUAGAUAGUUUUUGUUAUACCUCUGUAUUUAUACUUAUAUUUAUUUUUAAUAGAGUAGAUGAGACAAGAAAGUGGAUGGUUUUUACUUCUUUUACAAAUAUGCAUGAACGUCAUCUGGAAUUGCUAUGCUAUGUUUUAUAUAUGGAAUAGUCGUCCAACCCCUAAACUAUCAGUAAAGACAGGUGGUGAUUGAGCUCUUUUGCUCAGUGUUCUACAGUCAAGGCUAUACAAAUUUAAACUGAAUUAAGUUCAAUUUUUUUUAUUUUUUAAAAAAAAAAAAAUGUCAAAUCUCUCAUUGUG